AGAAGAAGAGAAAAACAGUCUAUAUGAAGAUGGUGAUGUAGUUAUUGGGGGCCUAUUCCCUCUACAUUACAGCCCUGUGCCCUCUGUUCUCACAUAUGCAGUAAAACCAGCACCUAAUGCUUAUAAUUAUUUCAGUGCUCGUGCCUUACGCUGGAUGCAGACAAUGACUUUUGCGAUAAAAGAGAUCAAUCAACGCACUGAUCUCCUACCACAACUAAAACUUGGUUUCCACAUCCGUGACAGCUGUGAUGAUAUACCUGUUUCUUUGAGAGCAUCCUUUCUAUUGGUGAAUGGACAGCCGGAGAGAGGUCUCACAACUGAGAGUGUGAAGAGAAAUACGAAUAGAGAUGAAGCCACAGAUUUAGGAUGUGCUGCUGUAAAUAGAACUGUGUCCUCAGUAAUCAUAGGCGAUGCUGGUUCUGGUGUUUCUAUGGCUUUGCUACGAAGUCUGGGUCCUUUCCGAAUUCCACUGGUGAGCUAUUUUGCUUCCUGCAACUGCCUGAGUAAUCAAAGGGAAUUUCCCACCUUCAUGAGAACAAUGCCUAGUGAUGCCUUCCAGAUAAAAGCCCUAGCCCAGCUGGUUCGUUAUUUUGGCUGGACUUGGGUGGGAGUCAUUGGUGUGGAAUCCGAUUAUGCCCACUUUGCCGUCCAGCUUUUCCUUCAGGAAUCCGUGCACUAUGGUGUGUGUGCUGCCUACACACAUUUCUACCCUGUAGGCCUAAGUCACAUGGAUCUUGAAAGGCUUCUGAAUGUUAUACAGAUGACAUCUUCAAAAGUCAUCAUAAAUUUUUCUGGUGAGGCAGAGAUGCAGGGCAUUCUAAGAGAGAUGCAACGUCGAAAUUUAACUGGCUUUCAAUGGAUUGCCAGCGAGGCCUGGUCUACUGCCAAGUCACUUUGGGAAAAAUCUGCCAAUCUUCUACAGGGAACCCUAGGAUUUGCCAUACAGAGAGCUUCUGUAAUACCAGGGCUGUAUGACCAUCUUGUGGACCUCACACCAUCAGCAAUUUAUAAAUUAUCUUUCUUGGCAGAAUUUUGGGAGGAAACAUUUAAUUGUCGACUAAAUGGGUCUGUAAACACCCACUAUCAUGUGUUGGGAAGUUAUCAAGGCAGAGAACCAUGUAAAGGGACUGAAAUUUUAAAUAACGUUUACUCUCCUUAUUCUGAUGUGACACAGCUACGAGUUUCCUAUAAUGUGUUCAAAGCUGUAUACCUUGUAGCAUAUGCCUUACAAGAUAUGAGUAAUUGCAAAAAUGGAGAGGGGCCAUUCCUGAAAAAAACUUGUGCAGAUCCCAAGAAUUUUAGCCCCUGGCAGCUUCUCCACUACAUGAAGCUGGCAAAUUUUUCUGCACUAGGAGAGAAAGUCAACUUUGAUCAGAAUGGGGACCCAAUUGCUUACUAUGACCUCAUGAACUGGCAGAGGGGGCCUGACGGAUCUUUAAAUUUGGUUAAAGUGGGUUUCUAUGAUGCCUCACUUUCUGCUGGAGGCAGCUUGGUCAUAAAUGACUCAAUGAUUAUGUGGCCAGUUGGAAAGCAGGCUUUCCAGUCUGUGUGCAGCAACAGUUGUCCUCCAGGUUUUCGUGUUGCCAGGAGAAAGGGGGAGCCUAUCUGCUGUUAUGACUGUGUCCCCUGUGCUGAAGGAGAGUUUAGUAAUACAACUGAUUCUUUAGAUUGCUCACUUUGCUCUGAAGACACAUGGCCCAAUAAAGCCAGAGAUCUCUGCAUCCCUAAAACAAUGGAGUAUCUUUCUUUCUACGAGUUCAUGGGUGUUCUGCUCUGUGCUGCCUCCAUUUUAGGAGCUUGUAUUUCCCUUGUAAUAAUUGCCAUAUUCUACAUAUAUAAAGAAACAGCUCUGGUUCGAGCAAACAACAUGGAAUUGAGCUUCCUGCUUUUGGUAUUUCUCACCAUCUGUUUCCUUGUUGGUCUACUGUUCCUUGGUAAGCCUUCUGACUGGCUCUGUCGGAUCAGAUAUCCAGCAUUUGGGAUCAGUUUUGCACUCUGCCUUUCAUGCCUCCUGGCCAAAACAGGUGUGGUCCUAAUGGCUUUUAGGUCCAGAUUACCAGGAAGUAAUGCUAUGAAAUGGUUUGGAAUCAAACAGCAAAGAGCCAGUGUGCUUUUGGGAACUAGCAUACAGGUUCUGGUCUGUGUUAUUUGGCUACUUACAAGUCCACCUCAUGCCAAUUACAAUACAGAUUACCACAGCUCUACAAUCAUCAUUGAAUGUGCGACAGGUUCAGACAUUGGCUUUUGGCUCGUUCUUGGAUACAUCGGAAUCCUGGCUUGCAUGUGCCUCGUGAUGGCCUUGGCACGAAAGCUGCCUGAUAAUUUCAACGAGGCCAAGUUUAUCACCUUCAGCAUACUAAUUUUCUUUGCUGUUUGGGUUACUUUUAUCCCAGUUUAUAUGAGCGCUGUUGGAAAGUACACUGUAGCUGUGCAUGUUUUUGCUAUUUUAGCCUCAGCUCUAGGACUUCUGUUUUGCAUUUUUGCCCCGAAAUGCUAUGUAAUAUUGCUGAAACCUGAAAAGAACAGUAAAAAACAAAUAAUGCAAAGUUCUGGUGUUUCUAUGGCUUUGCUACGAAGUCUGGGUCCUUUCCGAAUUCCACUGGUGAGCUAUUUUGCUUCCUGCAACUGCCUGAGUAAUCAAAGGGAAUUUCCCACCUUCAUGAGAACAAUGCCUAGUGAUGCCUUCCAGAUAAAAGCCCUAGCCCAGCUGGUUCGUUAUUUUGGCUGGACUUGGGUGGGAGUCAUUGGUGUGGAAUCCGAUUAUGCCCACUUUGCCGUCCAGCUUUUCCUUCAGGAAUCCGUGCACUAUGGUGUGUGUGCUGCCUACACACAUUUCUACCCUGUAGGCCUAAGUCACAUGGAUCUUGAAAGGCUUCUGAAUGUUAUACAGAUGACAUCUUCAAAAGUCAUCAUAAAUUUUUCUGGUGAGGCAGAGAUGCAGGGCAUUCUAAGAGAGAUGCAACGUCGAAAUUUAACUGGCUUUCAAUGGAUUGCCAGCGAGGCCUGGUCUACUGCCAAGUCACUUUGGGAAAAAUCUGCCAAUCUUCUACAGGGAACCCUAGGAUUUGCCAUACAGAGAGCUUCUGUAAUACCAGGGCUGCAUGACCAUCUUGUGGACCUCACACCAUCAGCAAUUUAUAAAUUAUCUUUCUUGGCAGAAUUUUGGGAGGAAACAUUUAAUUGUCGACUAAAUGUGUCUGUAAACACCCACUAUCAUGUGUUGGGAAGUUAUCAAGGCAGAGAACCAUGUAAAGGGACUGAAAUUGUAAAUAACGUUUACUCUCCUUAUUCUGAUGUGACACAGCUACGAGUUUCCUAUAAUGUGUUCAAAGCUGUAUACCUUGUAGCAUAUGCCUUACAAGAUAUGAGUAAUUGCAAAAAUGGAGAGGGGCCAUUCCUGAAAAAAACUUGUGCAGAUCCCAAGAAUUUUAGCCCCUGGCAGCUUCUCCACUACAUGAAGCUGGCAAAUUUUUCUGCACUAGGAGAGAAAGUCAACUUUGAUCAGAAUGGGGACCCAAUUGCUUACUAUGACCUCAUGAACUGGCAGAGGGGGCCUGACGGAUCUUUAAAUUUGGUUAAAGUGGGUUUCUAUGAUGCCUCACUUUCUGCUGGAGGCAGCUUGGUCAUAAAUGACUCAAUGAUUAUGUGGCCAGUUGGAAAGCAGGCUUUCCAGUCUGUGUGCAGCAACAGUUGUCCUCCAGGUUUUCGUGUUGCCAGGAGAAAGGGGGAGCCUAUCUGCUGUUAUGACUGUGUCCCCUGUGCUGAAGGAGAGUUUAGUAAUACAACUGAUUCUUUAGAUUGCUCACUUUGCUCUGAAGACACAUGGCCCAAUAAAGCCAGAGAUCUCUGCAUCCCUAAAACAAUGGAGUAUCUUUCUUUCUACGAGUUCAUGGGUGUUCUGCUCUGUGCUGCCUCCAUUUUAGGAGCUUGUAUUUCCCUUGUAAUAAUUGCCAUAUUCUACAUAUAUAAAGAAACAGCUCUGGUUCGAGCAAACAACAUGGAAUUGAGCUUCCUGCUUUUGGUAUUUCUUACCAUCUGUUUCCUUGUUGGUCUACUGUUCCUUGGUAAGCCUUCUGACUGGCUCUGUCGGAUCAGAUAUCCAGCAUUUGGGAUCAGUUUUGCACUCUGCCUUUCAUGCCUCCUGGCCAAGACAGGUGUGGUCCUAAUAGCUUUUAGGUCCAGAUUACCAGGAAGUAAUGCUAUGAAAUGGUUUGGAAUCAAACAGCAAAGAGCCAGUGUGCUUUUGGGAACUAGCAUACAGGUUCUGGUCUGUGUUAUUUGGCUACUUACAAGUCCACCUCAUGCCAAUUACAAUACAGAUUACCACAGCUCUACAAUCAUCAUUGAAUGUGCGACAGGUUCAGACAUUGGCUUUUGGCUCGUUCUUGGAUACAUCGGAAUCCUGGCUUGCAUGUGCCUCGUGAUGGCCUUUUUGGCACGAAAGCUGCCUGAUAAUUUCAACGAGGCCAAGUUUAUCACCUUCAGCAUACUAAUUUUCUUUGCUGUUUGGGUUACUUUUAUCCCAGUUUAUAUGAGCGCUGUUGGAAAGUACACUGUAGCUGUGCAUGUUUUUGCUAUUUUAGCCUCAGCUCUAGGACUUCUGUUUUGCAUUUUUGCCCCGAAAUGCUAUGUAAUAUUGCUGAAACCUGAAAAGAACAGUAAAAAACAAAUAAUGCAAAGGUAA